AGCCCGCUUUGUUCAUAAAAACACUGCCUUUUGAGAACCAAAAACAGGAAGAUCGGAUCUAGGGUUUCGAUUUCAACUCUCCGAUGUCUCCGGCGACGGCGAGCUGAGCUCCGAGAUCUCAGAGCUUGGAGAUGGGUGAUGGGGUUCGCUUCCAGCUUGGGACUGUCGGCGCACUGAGCCUUUCCGUUGUCUCCUCUGUCUCCAUCGUCAUUUGCAACAAAGCGCUCAUUUCCACCCUGGGGUUCACGUUCGCAACAACCUUGACGAGCUGGCAUCUGCUUGUUACGUUUUGCUCACUGCAUGUGGCACUAUGGAUGAAAUUGUUUGAGCACAAGCCUUUUGAUCCGAGGGCGGUGAUGGGGUUUGGGAUACUCAAUGGGAUCUCAAUUGGGUUGCUGAAUUUGAGUUUAGGUUUCAACUCUGUUGGUUUUUAUCAGAUGACAAAGCUUGCCAUCAUUCCUUGCACUGUUCUACUGGAAACUUUAUUCUUCAGGAAGAAAUUCAGUAGGACUAUCCAGUUAGCACUCAGCAUCCUUCUUUUUGGUGUUGGUGUUGCUACUGUAACUGAUCUGCAACUGAAUGUCCUAGGGUCUGUCUUAUCUUUGCUUGCAGUGAUGACAACCUGCAUUGCUCAAAUUAUGACUAACACAAUUCAAAAGAGAUUUAAGAUCUCUUCAACUCAACUUUUGUAUCAGUCUUCGCCGUACCAAGCAUUGACAUUAUUCAUUACAGGCCCAUUUCUUGAUGGGCUCCUGACAAACCUCAAUGUUUUUAGCUUCAAGUACACCCCUCAAGUUCUGGUAUUCAUUUUGUUAUCAUGUCUUAUAUCUGUGUCUGUCAACUUCAGUACGUUUCUUGUAAUUGGAAAAACAUCACCCAUCACCUAUCAAGUCUUAGGACAUCUAAAAACUUGUCUUGUCUUGGCAUUUGGAUAUGUUUUACUUAGUGAUCCGUUUAACUGGAGAAAUAUACUGGGAAUUUUGAUUGCAUUAUUCGGGAUGAUCUUAUAUUCCUACUUCUGCUCAAUGGAGAGUCAACAAAAGGCAAUUGAAUCAUCAAUUCAGGUGAGGGAAAAUGAAUCUGAUCAUCUGCUUGCUGUUGACAAUGGAGCUGAUUUAACUGAUUGUCUUGGCCCGAAAAUCCCAGUAUGGAGAUCAAAUAAAGAUCUACAAGCUUAAGUCAUAUGUCAACCUUUGAUUUUGUACAAUCAUAUUAUGGUUCAUAUUUAGUGAGGACUAUACUAUGAAUUGGAGGCAUCAACUAGCAUGAGAGAUGCUUGUCAAGUUUUCAAAGUAGAGCAGGAAGAUAUCUUAUUUUUUGCUUA